AUGCAGAACAAUUUGACAUCGAUAGACACUCGGUGCUAUAAUACCGCUGUUACACAUCAAAUCUUAAUUGAAAAUGGCAUCAUCUGGACAUUUAUUCAGCAAGCUAUUUUCUGGAGUAAUUUACUAGGCUGCGUUUUAACUUGGAUAUCAUUUCGUUAUCAGAAACGUAUACCUCUUCUACUAUUAUUUACAUCCUGCUUUGCAGAUACCAUGGUUGCAAUAUGUACAUAUUCGCUAAGUGUUGCAUCUUAUUGGCUAAAACGUUGGGUUUUUGGCGAAUUUGGUUGCUACUAUUACGCAUUAUCGCGUUACUUCUUUCAAAAUUUCUCCUUUCAUGUUAUCGUAACUUCGAGCAUAGAGCGAUUAAUAUCAUUUGUCUGGCCAUUUCUUUAUGAUAAACAUUUCGCUCUAGGUUUCGUAAAUAAAGUACUAUUUGCAAUAACUCUUUAUACUGGUAUAGUUUCUUUAUUGCCAGUAUUUGGCCCACAUUCCAUUAAACUUCGUUAUCCAUGUACCUAUUGCAAUUUCGAAUGGGGCAGUCCUGACAAUCAAGCUUUCGCUUGGGUUACUAUUGUUAAUAAUCUUUUUGGUAUUAUUUUAUCAAUAUCUUGUAACUGUAUUGUUAUCAUGGCGCUAUACAAAAUGACCAUGAAAAGACGUGAGAGUCGGCAAAUGGCUAAGCGUAAAGGUAAACGCCAAAUGAGUGACGAAAAAGAAAUGACGUGCAUUCUACUUUUAACUUCUCUGGCAUUUUGUGUAUCUUGGUUGCCCCAUACGAUAUUUAUCUCUCUUCGAUUGUUCGACAGCCAAAAUAUGCUAUUGGGCCAAGGUAUCCAUAUACUAGAAUUAUGGACUAGUCGUAUUGUCUACGCAAAUUCGAUCCUUAGUCCUUAUAUUUAUAUCUUUGGAAGGCGGCGAAUUCGAUUAAAGUUAUGUAAAUGGGCAACUCACGAAAAAGUGGCAAAGUUAAAUUUCCCACAAUCAGUAUCGGCAACUCGAAUCGAUUUAUCUUAA